GAGCCCUUAAACGGCAGCGGCCGCCCCCUGCCUGCCUCGGGGAAGACGGAAGGGCGAAGCUCCAGCAGCAGAAGCAGCGACAGCAGCGCUACCAGCAGCAAUAGUCCCGGCCGUGCCUGGCUCCUCGCUGGUUUAUAUGCACCUGGCCGGGUUGUUGCUCGCCCCGGAGGAGAGAGAGAAGAAGGGGCAGCGCCGCGAGCGAGGCUCGUCCCCCCCCGCCAUGUGCUCGGUGAGCGAGGGCAGCAGCACGGACCCGCUGGUGGCUCGCUUCAGGCAGGUGGAGGAGACGCUGGAGAAGCUGCACCGCGAGAACAGGAGCCUGAAGAGCAAAGUGCCCCGCUACAACGCGCUCUGCACCUUGUACCACGAGUCGGUCCAGCAGCUGAAGCACCUGCAGCUGCAGCUGGCCGCCAAGGACGCGACGAUCCGGGAGCUGAGGAGCGGGCUGGCCCGCCAGCAGCCCACCGAGCCGGGGGCCGAGCCCGCCCGCUCGCUGGUGGACAGCCUGCUGGAGCAGCUGGGGCAGGCCCGGCAGCAGCUGCGGGACAGCGAGAGGCUCUCGGCGCAGAAAAUGGAGACCCUGAGCCAGGAAGUGCAGAAGUUGAAUCAGCAACUAGAGGAGAAAAAUGGAGAGAUACAGCAGAUGAUAAAUCAGCCUCCAUAUGAAAAGGAGAGAGAAAUCUUACGACUUCAGAAGAGCUUGGCAGAGCGGGAGAAGGCUCAAGCCACCAGUGAUGUUCUGUGCCGUUCACUCACUGAUGAAACCCACCAACUUCAACGCAAAUUAGCGUCCACAGCAGAAAUGUGUCAACAUCUGGCAAAAUGUCUAGAAGAGAAGCAAAGAAAAGAGAAGGGGAAUUCAGAUGACCAGAUUGCUACUGAAAGUUCUAAUCAGGUGUUAGACAAUGAAACCUCACUUCAAACCCUUAUCUGCAAGCUGCAAGAUGAAAACAGAAUGUUAAAACAAAAAGUAGCACACGUGGAAGACUUAAAUGCAAAAUGGCAGAAAUACGAUGCCAGCAGGGAUGAGUAUGUGAAGCGGCUCCACCUGCAGCUAAAAGAGCUCAAGUCCCAGCUGGAGCAGCAGCACGGUGUAGCUUCAGCACAAACCAAUUCCGAGCUGAUGCAGAAGGAGAUAUUCCGGUUAAACAAGCUACUGGAAGAAAAAAUGAAUGAGUGCAUCAAAACAAGGAGGGAAUUAGAAGAUGUGAAGAAGGCUAGUGAAGGAGACACUGAGCGCAUACAAAUGCUGGAGCAACAGGUCCUAGUUUACAAAGACGAUUUCACAUCUGAGAGAUCAGACAGAGAACGAGCACAGAGUAAAAUACAAGAGCUUCAGCUAGAAGUCGCAUGUCUGCAACACCAGCUGGCAAGACGACAGGACUCAAGAGAUACAAGUACUCAUUUCCGAGUUCACGUUGGUAACCAAAAUCAUACGCAUGUACAGACGAGCACUGAGCAUCUACGAGGCAACAGCCCAGGCCAGACAGGCACGAGAAAAACACCUUCACAGUCUGAACAGACUUCUCCACCUGGAGACAAUGGAAACUCAGGAGCAGAGGGCAGGGGACAGGGUGAACUUCGAUGCCCUCACUGUAUGAGGUUUUUCAACGAUGAACUCAGUGAUGAAUUUCUCAAGCACGUUACUGAAUGUUGUCAGUGACAAUGUGAUGUGAGGCACAUAAGAAAAUCACUACUCUACAGACUGCAAAACUUGGACAAAUGGACACCUCUUAGUAAUUAGGAAGAUGAACAGUAUCUACCUCUUAUUUGAUUUCACCUUCUCUUGGACUGUACAAAAGACUUCAAGGUAAAGCAAAGUAUUUUCAUGAAGAAUUAUUUUUGACAACUACAAGGCAGGCAAGCAUAAUGCAAAUUCUACUCCAGACUAAAGAAAAUGAAACUUACAGCGGUAGCUAGCUUCAGAGUACAGCUUGGCUCUUACUGGAGAGUAAUUAUCCACAGCAGUCUGAAGGCUUAGGAAAAGAAGUCACUGAACUUGAAAACUUCCUUCUCUUCUGAAAAGAUAGUGUGAAGAAUAGGGGAGGAACAGCUUGACGGAAGAAAAAGACCUCUUGUGCUUUAUCUGGAUUAAAAGAGAAUAUUUUCUUGGCUAUUGAGACCGAACUUUCAGACAUCUUAUUUGAAAAUCCCUGUGUUCAACUGAAAUCAGGAGAAGUGAAAAAAAAAAAAAACAUACAAGGGCUGGUUGUUAACUAAAACUAGCCUGUCUUUUUGCACAGACAAUGUACAGGGAUAUUUAUUUUUUUUUUCUGUGCCAUAAAUAUUUCACAUAACGUGUAUUUGUGUAAUUAUUGAUUGAAUUCUAAUUCUACCAAAGUGUUAUUUUUAUAAUAAAAGUGAUUGUGAAGUUGCUUUACUAUA